CUCACUCGCAUUAGACUUUGAAAGUGAGAGGAGCCCAAACUAUUCCUUCUCAUAAGAAGGUCCUAUCCUCUCUCCUAUGUCCUCUAUUUUGAUGUAGCAAACAUGGCUGAGAGGUCUACAUUGCAUGUAUUUUUAGGAUUACACUACAUAAUAUUGUGUGUAAUUCUCCUCCCAUCUACUGUUGGAUUGGCCUCAACAGGCCUCGGGGCCGCGGGCUGUUCUCCCUCCUCCUGCGGACAGCUCCGCGACAUUCACUACCCUUUCCGUCUGAGCACCGAUCCGCCUCGAUGCGGAUAUCCUCAUGGUGUUCUUCUUUGCGAGGAUAACCGAGCUAUUCUUGAUCUCGGCUCGGAGAAGUUUUUCGUCACCAGCAUUCAAUACGAUAUGCACGCAAUCACGGUGAUGCGCCUGGGCUCCGUGAACGGAAGUUGCACUCCUCCUUUCACAUCUCUUACGUUCGGAUCGCCUGACGUCGACAACGACAUAACCUACGGACGUUAUUACGGGAACUCGGCAUGUUUCAUGAACUGCACGAGGCCGGCGCACUACGACUUGUACUGGCCGGUCCCGUGCAUGACCCGGAACAACUCGUUCGUCUAUGUAGUAAUCAGUGAAUAUUCCGAUUGCGACCUCGUGAUGAGUGUUGAGCCGUCUUGCGGAUUUCUAGCUGAGGCGCCUCUUGCCCCCGGAGUUACUAUGAAUUCGACUGCAGAUAUUUUCGAGCUCUUGCAGGCGUUCUGGCUUUCAUGGGAGAUCCCAGAGUUGCAUGAUCAACAUUCCUUUCAUAUAACCCCUACAUGCUUGAAUGAAUCUUUAAGAAUCAUGAAGGGGAGAGAGAGUGAUGUGGCCGACUUGGCAUUAGAGUUUUUGGAAAAACGCAGCUCAACGAAGUUGUGUUUUGUAAUCGGUGGAAGAAAUCUUUAAACGGGCAUAACUUUUCGCUCGAGUAUCUAAUUUUAGCACGCAACCCCAAUUCGGAAAAUAUUUUUUGAGAUCUAUGCAUUAAUUCCCAAGGCAUUAUGGCCGAGUCUGAAACCUAAAUUCAAUUGUUUCGGCCUCUGUUUUAACACUUCUAGGUUAUUUUCAAAAAUGUAUGUAUUUU